AAGCCCGGAUGCAGACUGUCACAUGAUCAAAUAGAAUCGAAGGAAGCAGGAAAAGGCGCAAUAUUUAAAGUGUAGGAAAAGCAAAACACAGCUUGAAAAUGGCAGGAAUAGAAAACAUGGAUGAAUUUGAUGCGCCCUGUCACAUGACUGCUGUCUUCUGUAAUCAGCUGGCGGAGGAAGACUAUGAGAAACAGACGGUAUCCGAGACGGAGAGAGCCCUGGAGAAUUUGAUAUCAUACAUGGAGAAAAACCCUCAGGUCUACAAAAAAAUCCUGAAAAAGAAAAUGAAAGAAGAAAAAGAAAAUGAGGGCCCUUUUUCAUUCCUGAAGGUUAAGUUGAUGACACUGAUUAAGGGUGAAGAAAACGUUUCCUUUGUGUCAGACAGGGAGUGUGACCAAAGACUGGAAGAGCUGAAAACAGGAAUGUCCAAGGCCUUUGACUAUAACCUUGAAUCUAAAGGUCUUAGGAAAUCAAAGCGAUUAGCAGAAAAAAGGCAGAUGUCAAAAUCUUCAAUAAAUACAGCAGCACCAAAGAUUAAAGGGAGGCAGUCCAAGAAAAGACAGACCACUGCCCCAAACAUAACGGAGACCCUGUGUCAGAGGAGUGGACAAGAUGUCCCUGUAGCAGUUCCUCCACCCCCUCCCCCUCCCCCACCCCCACCCCCAGUAACCCCUGCACAACAAAGAAGUCUGCCCCUGGAGAGAUCAAGGACAGAGAGAAAGGCUGCUUCUAGUGGUCCGCUGAAGGAAUUAAAUCACUCAAAUAUCCAGGUAACUACACCUUUGAGUUUGAAAAAGAAAGAUCCACCGACUGAGAUGGGUUCCAUUACAUCGCUGGCAUCUAUUGGCUCUUUAAGCAGUCUUCACCAAGAGCUAUUGUCCUAUAAUCCAAUGAAACUCCUGAAAACAACAACCAAUGAGAGAUCCCCCGGGGGGACCCCUGUCAGGCCCCGCCCACCCCUCAGGGACACGCCCCCUGUGACGCCUGUCAACCAAGCCGACUCCAAUUACAGGUACUGGCUCAACAGUCUACACAACAAGUUCCGCAAUGUCCUCUCCCCCGCAUCUGUCCUCCAGAGCCCUGACAGUGACCCAAACAGUCCAUCUGGCUUCUCUCCACAGUAGAAACCCCAAAGAAUUACUCUUCAGCCAAACUAGGGACUCCAAUCAUCUGGCUAAUCCAGGGAGAUGUUUCCCUAUUUGAUUUUUACUUGCCUAAAAGGAAGUAUUAUACUUAUGACAAACUUUGUUAUCUGAGAUGGCUUUAUGUUGGAUUUAUGGAAUUUUUGUUUUUAUUUAACAUUUCAUGUUUUUGUUUUAUAUAGAGCGUGGCAUUUAUAGAGUACAUCAAGAAUUAGGUGUUACCAUUUUUACACUCUGUUAGCAAGAGCAAACAGAAUUCACAAGUUUUUAUGUAUUUCUAUACUGAUGUUGUUUUUUGCAAUAAAAAGAAUGAAUACAAAGAUUGGUGAAGCUAUUUUCAUUCUACAUGUACAAGUAUUAUUUAAAUAUCAGAUGGAAAAGAGAAUAAAAAAGUUGUGUUAAUUUAAUUGAUUGUUCUGUAAAACACAGUAUUUAGUAUUAAUCCAUAAGUCUGGAAUUUUUGUGCUUUAUUAGUGUAUGGUGUAAUGUUUUUAUGUUGUACUGUUUACUAUCUGAAAGUUCUUACCAUCCGAUCUUAGACUUUCAUUAAGUUUAGAUGAAUAUUAACAUGGUUUGAUGUAAUGUGCAAUUGUUCUAGAAAAAUAUUUCUGAUAAUUAGAAUUUUGUUGAAAAGAACAUGUCUCUGCAGAGGAGAAAUUUAUUGGCUCACAAUAAAUACAAGAUGAUGAAAGGAGUCAUUUGUGAAUGAAUUUGGUUUUCACCUUAUGUGGGCAGGUAGUGUUCUAAAAUGAAAUAGGGAAAAAACUAUUGGUGAAGAUCUUAUCAAAUUGAAAAAAAAUAGUUAUUAUCUAUUUGUGGGUAAAAAUUUAAAAAAUAUUCAUCUUUAUCACAGUUGAAAAUUAAGCUUUUUCUGCACUUCAAUCGAAGCACACAGCUUUCACUUGUUUUAGAGAUUAUCCAUUUUUAUUGCAUGUUUAUUUUAUUUUUUUGCUUCAGGUAAUGCAGCUUUUAUUGCUUUUUGUGAUUCAUAUUGUAUAUGUACACAAGAAUUUACAUCUGUUUUAUGAUGCUAUUAGAUAUAUAUUCUGAUGUACAAUAGUACAGUAAGUUCUAUAUUUGUUUAAGACACCAAUCCAUUCACAAUUUCUAGGGCCUUUUCAGCAGGGCUUUGGAAAACACAUGGAAUGUUUUUAUAUACCAAAUGUAAAUUUGAUUUUUUUUUAAACAUUAGGCUAAAAUCUAAAUGUAUAAUAAGAUUCCUUGUAUCAAUGACAAAUUUUUUUGAAAAAUUCAUUUGAUGAUGUUUUUCUGCUCUUUGGAAAGGUUGAAAAAUUGUGAUUGGAUUCAUCAAGUUAAUGAAUAAAUGGUGCAGAAACUUGCA